GAACCGCCAUCUUCCAGUAAUUUGCCAAAAUGACGAACACAAAGGGAAAGAGGAGGGGAACCUGGUAUAUGUUCUCUAGGCCUUUUAGAAAACAUGGGGUUGUUCCUUUGGCCACAUACAUGCGAAUCUACAAAAAGGGCGAUAUUGCAGACAUCAAGGGAAUGGGUACUGUUCAAAAAGGAAUGCCACACAAAUGUUACCAUGGCAAAACUGGAAGAGUCUACAGUGUUACCCAGCAUGCUGUUGGCAUUAUUGUAAACAAGCAAGUUAAGGGCAAGAUACUUGCCAAGAGAAUUAAUGUGCGCAUUGAACAUAUUAAACACUCAAAGAGUCAAGAUAGCUUCCUGAAACGGGUCAAGGAAAAUGGUCAGAAAAAGAAGGAAGCCAAAGAGAAAGGUACCUGGGUUCAACUGAAGCACCAGCCUGCCCCACCCAGAGAAGUACACUUUGUGAGAACCUAUUCCCUAUGAAUUCAUGGCAUAAGCUGGGGAUGUAGCUCUGCCACGCAGCACCUAAUUAGCGGCUGAAUG